AUGCGAAGAAAGCUAAAUAACCUGACCAACAAAAGCGCCGAGAUAAGUGAACGCCUCACAAACAUCGAAACCUCUGUUUCACCCAAAAGCGACGCCACUGCCAACUUGGACCUGGCGGUGGAGGAUCGGCGCAAAAUAGAGGGUACACCGAUCAAUAGGGAGGCAAUCGUCAACUACCAAGUGCAAGACCCUGGCGCUGCUACAACUGACGAUCAAAGUUCCUUACCCGAGGACGAAGUUGAGGCCGAGCCUGGGCGCCCGGUUCCCCCCGGCGAGCCAGCCAUCCCUCCGAACCAUACAACAUUAGCUGGUCUCCUGCUUUACUGGCCAUCCAUUCGAGCACUGAUGAAGCACCAUUGCGAGCGCGAAGGUAUAAGUUAUGUAGGAGAAUACCCUAUCAGCCAAGAGCAAAACCGAGGUUCGUUGAUUUUGUUUGGGCGUGGUGAGGACAACAUAAUGUCGCGCAGGCAGCGCGAACGCGAAGCUGAUCGGCAAGAUGUCGACAUACCAGACGGCUCACCCGACUCUCCGUCAUCACCGACAAUAAAAGAAGCAGACCGGGGUUACAUGAGUGGCCUUAGCCCACUUGAUCAAGUCGAUUAUACAAGCGGAGUUCUCGGCCCUCAUGGCAAUCCUGACUUUUCCGAGGGCACAGUUUGGCAAUACGUACAAAGUUUCAACGACAACAUGCUCAACAUGCAUCCUAUCGUUCAGCCCCCAAUACUCGACCAAUGGGUGCGCCAGUUCCUCGAAUCUUUCCCACUGGCAGACAACAAGCAAAGUAGCAAAACCAGCACAGCAUGGGCUGUGAGCAGUUCAAUGGAACCUCCCGGUGCAAAGCGCAAGAGGUCAUCCCCGGGGCCGCUGGAUAGUAUUGAGAGUUCAUCGGCGGCAUCACCAACUACCAGAAUUGCUCGACCAAAUCGAACGAUACAUACGGCGCUCGUGCUGACCGUUUUGGCACUCGGCAAGAUCUGCCUGCAUUGA